GUUUACAUUCACUGUAAUAUAAAAGGCAGCGCUGCGGAUGCAGAGUUACUAGAGAUCUUGCGUUCAUCAGACACAGUUAGUGAUCACAGACACAGCAGUCUGAGGAGGGGGUGACCUAGCAACCCGAUCAUUUGUACCCCACGCACCAUGGCCGCCCGCCUUGGCCUAAGCGGCUUCCUACUGGCUAGCUUUGGCGUCUGCUUCGCGACUUUUGGACAUGAACACGUUCACAUUCGUAUCCAUAUACCUGAACCUGAACUGCACCACGAGUCGAAAGAAGUAAUAGUUCAUGAGCAUCACGAUGACCACGAUGGAGGCGGCGGAGGCUACGGCGGCGGGCACGGAGGCGGCCACGGGGGCGGCCACGGGGGCGGACACGGGGGCGGCCACGGGGGCGGACACGGGGGCGGCCACGGGGGCGGACACGGGGGCGGCCACGGGAUUGACAUCCAUAGUUUGCACGGAGGCUUCAUCGACCAUCUGAAAGGCCACGGCGGUGGAGGCCACGGCGGAGGUCAUGGCGGAGGAUUUGGCGGAGGGCAUGGUGGAGGAUACGGCGGUGGCCACGACGGAGGAUUUGGAGGUGGUCACGGCGGAGGAUUUGAUGGUGGCCAUGGCGGAGGAUUUGGAGGUGGCCAUGACCACGGUGGCGGCCAUGAUUUUGGAGGCGGACAUAGCGGCGGAAGUUUUGAUUUAGGAGGCCACGAUAGCGGACACGGUGGUGAUCACGGCGGUUUCGGCGGUGGUUUCGGAGGUGGUCACGGCGGCGGCUUUGGAGGCGGCCAUGACCAUGGUGGCGGCCAUGAUCACGGUGGUGGAAGUGACUUCGGUGGAUCUAUCGGCGGCGGUCAUGGUAGUGAUUUGGGAGGCUACGGAGGCGGAGGUCACGGAGGCAGCGGCGGUCACGAUCAUGGCGGCGGUCACGAUCAUGGCGGCGGUCACGAUCAUGGCGGCGGUGGCUUUGACCUUGGCGCCAGUUUCGGUGGCGGCCACGGUGGGGGACACGGAAGCAGUGGCGGUCAUGAUUUCGGUGGAAGCAUUGGCGGUGGAUUUGGAGGCGGCCACGACGACCAUCACGGUGGUGGAGGCAGUGGCUUCGGAGGCCACGGCGGAGGAAUAUCUUUAGUAAGCUCAGACAGUUAUAGCGGCAGCAGCCAUGGAUCUGGUGGCCACGGAUCGGGCGGACUAGGAAGUUUCGGAGGCAGCGGAGGAGGCCACGAUAGUUACAGUUCAGGUGGAGGAGGUGGCCAUAACAGUUACAAUUCGGGUAUUACUAGCUACGAUACUUAUCACAGCGGUGGGCACGGAGGCGGGGGAGACAGUUAUAGCUUAGGCGGAGGCUCAGGAGGCCAUGGCGGUGAUAGUUAUAGUGGUGGUUUUGGAGGCGGCCACGGAGGUGGCCAUGGAGGUGGCCACGGAGGUGGUGGCCAUGGAAGCAGCGGAGGCCACAGUAGCUUCGGUGGUGACAGCUACACAAGCGCUAUUUUCGCCGGGCACGGGGGUGGCCCUUAUCACAAAAAAUAACUUAAUCUGAUAAUUAUAGAAAAUCAACUAAGUCAUAGUCCACGGGUCUUCAUGGGCCUAACAGUACAAGCAUAACUGUCUUUGUAAAUAGCUCGUAGUUAAGUUAUUGUUGCUAUGUUAUAAUAUAGAAAUAUUGUAAUUGUU